AUGAUGAUGAACAAGGGAGAGACGACGAUAGGAUUGGAAACUUUCCGGCCCAUCCGCUGGCUCCAGUCCACGGUCCACUCUACUCCGUCUCCACAGUCAACAGUCCAUAGAAAUUCCCCGAUUUCCUCGGUCGAUUUCGCUUCCUCGUCUUCCUCCUCGGCACCGACCAGCUCCGUCGUCGUCGAUUCCGACCAUCUCCGGCUGCUGGUUGCUCUCGGUGGCAUGGACUGCUCCAAGAGGAGCGCGGGCGCGGUGGCCAGCCUCCCUGACGAUCCCCUGGUGGAGAUCCUCUCCCGCGUCCCGGUCAAGUCCCUCUGCCGGUUCAAGUGCGUCUCCAAGGCCUGGCGCGACCUCAUCGCCGACCCCCUCCACCGCAAGAAGCUACCCCAGACCCUAGAAGGGUUCUUCUUCCUUGGUGACAGGUGCGGCUAGCUGCUGCGACUGCGGCAACUUGCCACGCCAAGUCUUUGGGUAUUUCGUCGACGUGUUGGAGAUGUCCGUGCAUCAUGUGGACACAUGCUUCCCCUUCUUGACUGAACUUCCUGGCAUUGAGAACAUGAGGCUCUUGGAUGACACCAAUGGCCUCCUCCUCUUUGGGUAUAUCCAGUAACCGGGCAAAUCAAUGAGCUAUAUUGUGUCCAACCCUGCCACUGAGCAGUGGGUCGCUGUGCCCAGCUGUGACGGGAAUGGAGCGAAUGGUCGUCCACUGGCAAGCUCACCUAUUUGAUUUUCGAUACGGCUGCCUCUUCCCACUUCCAUUUGGUCCAGAUCGAGGAUGAGGACAUGAUACCAGUGCACGUCUACUCAUCAAAAUCUGGGGUCUGGAGUCCGGUCAGAUGUGACUUGGAUGACCUUGACCUUUACCUAGUACCUGGCUUGCGCCGUGCAUGUGCUAAUGGCAUGCUGUAUGUGGUAAUGUCUGGGGGAAUGCAUCAGAUAGCUGUGAUGGAUGUGGAAGGGAACAUAAGGAAGAUCAUCCCUGUGCCUUUACGGGUGGGUGAUGAGUUCUGGCCGUUUUCAGAUUAUGUUGGCCAAUCCCAAGGGCACUUGCAUUACAUUUACCAUCUGACAUAGAUCAUGAUGAAAUCCCCCCUGAAAAGCAGAGCUAUGAAUUGUUCAUAUGGGUUCUGGAGGACUAUGAAACACAACAAUGGGUCCUGAAGGACACUGUAAGCUUUUUUCAUCUGUUUGGGAAGAGGAUGUGCGGUAUACUCUCUGACUACAAUGUGGUUGCAAUUCAUC